AUGGCUUCCAGAAUCAAACCAUCAUCUUCUUCCCGCUAUAACAACAAAAGCCCAUCUUCCUCAACUGAUACCCUUUUCCAUAACAAUCCCAUCUCCAAUUCUUCAUCAUCAAAAGCCAUCAUCAAAACCAGGACUGCCGCUGCCACUAAUGCCAAUAAUUUCGGCUCCAUGGUGAAGAAAUUCAUGGAAACUAGAUCAGGGUCUGCACAUUCUUCCAGGAAACCCAACAAGGGUUUCGCAAAUGAGCCCUUGAAACUAACUGUGGCGGCGGAUUUCUUGGCGGAGGAUUUGAAAAAGACCGGCCUGUCUGGUACUAAAAAGGCGACGCCUUUGGGUGCUUUGCACAAGAAGCUGUUUAAAGGAGGAGGGAAAAAGGAGAAUGAGGAAAGAAAGGCGUUAACUGAGGUCAAAGGGAAUAAUACCAGGACACUUGCUAUGGUGUUGAGGAGUGAGAGGGAGCUUCUAAAUUUAACAAAAGAUCAGGAGAGUCAGAUUUCUGAGCUGAAGUUGUUGCUCGAUGAUAAAGAUAGAGAGGUUGAGAAGCUGAAAGAUUUGUGCUUAAAGCAAAGAGAAGAGAUACAGUCUCUAAAAAGUGCCGUUCUUUUUCCAGAUAUGAUGAACUCACACGUCCAGGAACUUCUAGAAAAACAAGGAUCAGAAUUAAAGCAGGCUAAAUUGCUGAUUCCCAAUCUCCAGAAGCAGGUUUCUUCUCUUACCGGACAACUUCAAUGCCUCGCUGAUGACCUUGCGGAGGUGAAGGCAGAUAAAUACUCAUUAAGAGGCUGCAGCUUUGAUAAUCACAGUUCUCCUAGGACACCACCAACAUAUGAACAGGAUGAGGCAACCAAUUCUCUGGAGUUCAGUUCCGGAGAUCAGACAACGCCAGGGAGUCCAGAUGACUUGUUUAUCAAAGAUCUAAAUCCCUGCUUGACUCCUUAUUACACCACAAAGUCAAAGGGGUUUGAGGAGAGUGAUUUCCUUGAUGAUGAUGAGGGUUUGUUCGGAAGAAAUUCCCAAACUGGCCACCAACAGUUUGGCUUAACAUCUUGCUCGAGAAAGCUCUCGAAAAGUUCCAAUUGUCGUCAAUGUCCUUCAAGUGCGUCAAGCUGUUCUUCGGUUCAUGCGGCUCGUAGAUCUGAUGAAAGCAGGAUCAACUAUGCAAGGCCGACGUGUCACAGACAUUUUUAA